AUGCCACGUCAUCCCGAGGUGUACGAGCCGUGUGACGACUCCUUCGCCCUCGCCGAUGCCAUCGCCGCGGACAUCGCCCGGUUCUACCCGUCGUUCGCAACCUGCGCGAGCGACAACAGUCCGUCAUCCGACCAAGCCCUUCCAUUAUCGAUCUCGCACAAACCCCCCGCCUACCCACCCGCACAGUCGCCCAGAACCUCCCACCCUCCUCAUGCCCACAUUAUCUCCUCUGGCCGGCCGUCGUUCCCUGCUUUGGUUGUCGAGCUCGGGUCUGGUAGCGGCUUCGUCGUUACAUCAGUGGCCCUCGUCCUCCGCGCCCUCGUCGCUCCUUCUGCCCCCACUGUCAUCGCUAGCAGCAGCAGUGCUGCUAGUAGUGCUGGCGGCGCUGAUGGUGCUGGUGCUGCUGGUAGGGAUGCUGGCAGAGGUGCUGUUGCUCCUAAUGCAGCCGUCUCCCUUGCUUCUCAAUCCGCAUUUCUCGCAGUGGACAUCAACCCCCAUGCCGCGGACAUCACCCGACAAACCCUAGCAGCCCACAACAUUCCAGCGGACGUCCUUAUAUCGGAUCUCGGAUCGGCCCUUAUACCGAGGAUGGCAGGCCAAGUAGACAUUCUCAUCUUCAACCCGCCAUACGUCCCCACUUCGCCGCAAGAAGUGCACCGUCCGGGAAUCACGCAAGCCUGGGCGGGAGGGGAUCGUGGGAGAGAGGUAAUCGACCGAGCUUUGGAGGUUUCAGCAGAGCUGUUGUCCCCUAGAGGAGUAUUUUACCUGCUUGUUGUGGCGGAGAAUGACCCUGAAGAGGUGGUGAAGAGGAUGAGAGGGUUGGGAUUUGAAGGAGAGGAGCUGCUGAGGAGAGGGACGGAAGAGGAGGUUAUAGUGGUGCUCAAGACCGUAGCCAAUGAGUGGGAGCUCUCCAUCUGGGAGGGCUGCAUUUCUGCCUUGGCAUGCACCAGGUAUGACAGCCCACUCAACACUUCUGAUAGACAGUCUCCUAAAGCGAAGUUAGUGGCGUUGGAGCUGAAAUUCAACACAGUGGCGCUAGGGCCGCCAGGCGCCUGGCAGGUGGAUGCGAUAACUGUCCCAACAGUGGGCCUUGUGGCACUGGCGCUAUGGGCGGCGCUGUGGCUGCAAGACGAAGUGCAGUUGCUAGCAGCACCUCAGGGCACAUGCCCCUCCCUCUUGGACUUUCCCCCAGAGGAGGCUGAUGUGCUGGGGAGGGUGCCGCAGUAUGGGAAGUUUGACCUAAGCGCGCCGAUGGUGGGGAAAUAUCUGAAGCUUAUACACAAGUACCUGGAGCCCUGGCAGCCUAUUCCGGGCAUAGAGUCUGGUUUGGGCCAUACUGGCUUCGUCACUCCCGAGGCUCUCUACCGCUUGGCUCGGCAGCCGUCUGUUAUGUCAUGCUGUGGCCAUGUCAAGGUGAUUAACGGAAAGGUCUUUUUCCGGUACGGCGGCUUCUGGCACGUCUACUACCGCCUCAACCGGUUCUUGCAGACAGUGAAAAUGAUUCAGGUCCCGUGGGAGAGGAAGGAAGCGCAGGCAGUGUUCCGCGGGAAAACCACCAACUUUGACAUGCUGGACGGCAACUGGGGCGCCAACCCGUGCGUGCGGCUGCACCGGCUGUCCGACGUGCACUCUGCGCUGAUGGAGGCUCACAUCAACGCGCGGAGCCACGCCAAGCCCGCAGUGAUCAAGGCCAUGGCGGAGGAUGGAUUGUUGCUGGCGAAAAGGAUGAUCUUCACUCAGUUCAAUGCCUUCAAGUACCAGGUGAUCGUAGACGGUGGAGGGGGCAGCUGCAGAACAUGCGGAGUGUUGAGAUCGAAUCAGCUGAGCAUUCGCCAGGAGACGCCCCUCUUCCAGUUCUAUGAGCCUCUGCUGGAGGACGGGGUGCACUGGCUGGUUACCACAUGCACAUUCUCCAUUCUCCCUACUAAAAUACGCUGGGCUCAAGAAAAUUAUGAUGUGUCGCAGCGGCUGGUGCAUGCAGCGAACCACAUGGCGCAGUAUGCCUGCACGUGGAGUGGCAGGCGGCUGUACUGGGCUCUUCUCUUGGUCAAGUACCAUGACGUGUUGCAGGACCCCUCGGCCAUCACCGAACCAACAGCCAACGAGAUCUGCACCAAGCAACCACUUCUCCAGCCCCCUCCCAAUGCCACCAACCCUGCUCUGGUCCACUGCGCCGACCCCGACGCACCCAAGCACCAACCCGAUAGCGCGUUCUCCUGUGCGAAAGCCACGAUUCCCGACUCGGGGCUCAUUUGGCUGCGAGCAGGCGUGCUGAGAGGACUAAAGAAGAUCGGCCCUCCGCGAUUGCUGUAUACCGGUAGUAUAGUUGGUAACAGGUUUUACACACACACACCCCCAAACACCAUCACAACUAGCAAGUGUGUGCGCCCUUUUCUGUGCCAAAGCCAUCAUUCCCGUCCCGACUCGGGGCUCAUCUGGAUGCGAGCAGACAUGCUGCGGAGGCUAAAAUAG